AUGGCACGAAAGUUUGUCCUUCUGCUAUUCAGCGUUGUUAUUGGCUUCCUUUAUACUAUUAAUGUGCACGGUCUGGAUAAUGGUCUUGCCUUAACACCACCAAUGGGAUGGCUAGCUUGGGAAAGAUUUCGUUGUAAUAUCGAUUGUAAGAAUAAUCCUGACAAUUGCAUCAGUCAAAAGCUAUUUACUGAUAUGGCCGAUCACUUAGCCAAGGAUGGAUAUCGUGAUGUCGGCUACAACUACAUCAAUGUAGAUGAUUGCUGGAUGGCUAAGAAAAGAAAUAAAAAUGGCCGAUUAUAUGCAGAUAAAGAGAGGUUCCCCAAAGGGAUCAAAUAUUUAGCUGAAUAUAUGCAUAAAAGAGGCUUAAAAUUAGGAAUCUAUGGCGAUUUUGGCACAAAAACUUGUGGUGGUUACCCUGGUAGUGAAUUUCAUUUACAAACAGAUGCGGAAACAUUCGCUAAUUGGAAGGUUGACUCUUUGAAGCUAGAUGGAUGUAACAGUAAUACUUCCGAUUAUAAAAAGGGUUAUCCUGCAAUGGGUCAUUAUUUAAAUAAAACUGGACGUCCAAUCCUCUACUCUUGCAGUUGGCCUGCUUACCUAAAUCCAUCAAAGGUUAAUUAUACCAUUAUUGCGAAAGCUUGUAAUCUUUGGCGGAAUUAUGGCGAUAUUCAGGACUCCUGGGAUAGCAUACUAAGUAUCGUUGAUUUUUAUGGUAAUAACAAUAAAGUAUUAAGUGCAGCUCAAGGACCGGGUCAUUGGAAUGAUCCUGAUCAGUUAAUUGUUGGAGACUUUUCUUUAAGCUACGAACAGUCUAAAAGUCAGUUUGCUUUAUGGAGUAUCUUUGGAGCUCCUCUCUAUAUGUCCAACGAUCUAAGAAAAAUUCCUACUUGGGCUAAAGACAUUCUCCAAAAUAGAGAAGUUAUCGCUGUCAAUCAGGAUAAACUUGGAUUAAUGGGAAAAAGAAUUGUUUAUAAAAAAAACAAUUAUGAAGUAUGGAUGAAAAAUCUAUCGGAUGUGACAACGGCUGUAGUAUUAUUCAACAGAAAUGUUCAAGGAACUCCUCAAGUACUCUCUGUUGAUUAUUCUAUGGUUAGUUAG